GUCCAGUUUACGCGGGUGGGACGAAAGCGGAAGUUUUGAGUGGGAACCGAGAGUGAAACCGAAAGUAGAAAAUAAAAAGUGAUUUGAAGUGCAAGGAGGCUGAUAAGGUCCUUGUUGGUGUGUUUUGUUCGCUUCAAAAACACAUUGUCCUGUCGGCUGCUACCCAAUAUUUUUUAAGUUAACUCGUUGUUUGGGAUUUUAUCUCAGUAGAGUUUAAGUCUCGUUCGAUUUCGACGCUUCGUUUCUAAUUCUAACGAAAGUCGAAAGGCCAAUUCUAACGACCAAGAAGGAAAGAAAGCAUAGCAUGUGUGGUCGCAAGGCUUGCACUCUAGCCCCGGAUGACAUUAUUCAGGCUUGCACAUACAGAGACAAGAGAGGGAAACGAAGACGCCCACAGUGGAAAGAUGCUCCUGGGGGUCAGCAGUACUCAACAUCAUACAACAUGGCACCUGGUGCUCAUGCACCUGUUCUAGUGUCAAGCCGUCAGUUCAGUGAAUGUGGGUCAUGUGACAGAGUGGUGAUGCCAAUGAAGUGGGGGUUGACUCCGUCUUGGCACAAAGACGACCCCUACAAAGUUCCUUAUGAAACCAACAACUGCCGGAUGGAGGGGAUGCUGGAGAAGAAAACAUACAAAAUUCCUCUUCAGAAAGGCUAUCGCUGCGUUGUUCUGAUGGAUGGAUUUUUUGAGUGGAAGACAAAUAAGCAAGGAAAGCAGCCAUACUUUUUCCAUUUCCCUCAGUCACCUGGUGUCUCUUUUACUAAGAAAUUCAAAUAUGAAGUGGGCAACGUUUGUAAACUUGAGUAUGAAACAAAGAAAAAUAAAGGAGUCAAAUCAGAUCAGUGUGAUGGGGACUUCAGUGUGAAAACAGAGACCCAAUACCACACGGAUAAGCAGGUAAAGGAAGAGAGACUAGAUCCCAAUGAAAAUAUGCCACCGCUUUCGACAGAAAUAGGUAGUGUGAAAAAAGAAGAGAAGAAAUCUUUUUUGAAUGUAAAGGAAGAAAAGAAAUCUUCCUGGGAUAAAAACAGAGAUGAGAAAACUUUCUUAGAUCUAAAGGAAGAGAAAAAUUCUUUCUGGGAUGCCAUGCCGGAUUCUACCCCAAAGGACAAUGCUCAAGGGGAAGCAGAUGUUAAGGUAGAAUCUGCCUUCGUUGAUGAAUUGUCUCAAGGCAAAAACCUUACCUUAGAAAAUGAUAGAGAGUCUCAGAAAAGGAAAUUUGAAAGUGGUGAGCCUGAGGAGGAUGGAGAGGAAUGGACCGGUCAACGCCUUUUGACCGUGGCUGGAGUCUACGAUAUCUGGCAGUCUUCUAAGACAUCUGCUCCUCUGUACUCGUACAGUGUGAUCACAGUCCCAUCUUCUCCGGGCUUCAGCUGGUGCCACCAUCGCAUGCCGGCCAUUUUGACAUCCGAGGAUGAAAUCCAGGACUGGUUGGAUUCUGCAAGAGUUCCUCUGAAAGAGGCCUCUUCCCUGAUCAGACCUACAGAAGGUCUAUCUUUCUACCCCGUCACCAAGUCCAUGAACAACUCACGCUACAAGGAUCCAGACUGUCUCAAACCUGUUGACAUCAGCAAACCAAAGCCCAGCCCAAGCAGUAAUCUCAUGAUGAAAUGGCUCAAGACAGCUUCUCCGGAAAAGAAAAAGAAUUAGUUAAUGUGUACCCAGGCCUGUAUAUGUUAAAUCUAAUACUAACCGGCCCAGUACAAACAGAAUGUUACUUGUUGAUGAGCAUUUACUGGCAGGGAAUUAUUGGAAUUUACUCCAUACUGUUUUAUUAUGUACCAGUAUUUCUGUUGUUAUAAUGGUAAAUUCUGACCAUUUAUCAGGUUGUUGUACUGUUUUCCAUUACUUUAAUAAAAUAGGCUACUGUAACUGCAUGGUAUUUUUUUUACAUUGAAUACUCUCUGCUGGUUUGUUCAGAAACAUGCCUACAGCAAAAGUGGAAACAGGUCUUGGUGGAAAAUAGAUUGUUUCAGUAUAAUCCAUAUACUGGGUGCGUUCCUUUUGGACCAAUUGAACCACAGGUUGAUUUUUUUCGCUAGGUAGUAAUCAGGCAAAAGAACUAUUACAGUUCUUAGCUGCAUCGUAUACAAACUGGUCAAUGAGUGCAAGAAAAGUUCAGUUCUGCUAAUUCUACUGAACACAUCUGACUUUUUAAAGAAUUCUUUGCUCUGAGAGCAAGAAGUCUGUAAACACUACUUGGGGGGCUCACGUGGCCUAGAGGUUAAGGUGUUGGCCUCUCAUUCAAAGGUCCCGGGUUCGAAUCCGAGUAGCGACCAAAA